AUGCGUCUCCCCUACGUCCCCAACCCUCCCCAAACCACAACCCCCGAAGACGCAGCCAUCGUCUCCCGUAUCCAAGCCCGCCGCGCGCCCCGCCCCCUUCAGGCCCUGGACCUGACCCUCCUGCACGCGCCCCCCGUCGCCGACGGCUGGAACUCCUUCCUCGGCGCCGUCCGCACCCAGACCACCAUCCCCGCCGACCUCCGCGAGCUGGCAAUCUCCCGCGUCGCCGUCGUUAACAAGGCCUGGUACGAGUGGGGCCAUCACGCGCCCCUCGCCGUCGCCGCCGGUGUCUCCCAGGAGGGCAUGGACGCCAUCAAGACCGAGACCCCGCUCGAGCUGGCGAGCCGCCCCGCGCUGUACCUCAGCGAGAAGCAGUGGGCUGUGCUCGUCUACUCGGACGAGAUGACGAGGAACGUCAGGGUCAAGGACGAGACGUUUGCCAAGCUCAAGGAGCUGUUUAACGAGAGGGAGGUGGUGGAAAUUACGACGACGGUUGCGUGCUAUAACUGUGUGAGCAGAUUCCUGGUGGCUCUCGAUGUCGGUGAGAGGAACAGCACUGGGCCUGACGACGUGGCUCUGCCUUCCCACUAA